CAUACCCAUAACUCUAGUUUGACGACCAGAUUAAGAUUUGCAAACGAACCAUAAUAUUGUGUGAUGUUACAUAUAAUUAUUGGACAGAAGAACUGUUUCAUUGUAGUUUACACUAUCAGAGUGUGGAUUAGCCGGAGUUUGUGCUUUUUCGGCUCGCCCAUUAUUGUUAAAAGCCUUGAAUGUCUAGAUGUACUAAAAGGCUGAUUCUGCUCCGGUACACACGAAAACCUUGAGUACAAGUCUAGGAUACGGGAAAAAAUUUGAGAUACCGAGCGGAGCAAUGACCGGAAUGGAAAACGUUAUGUUCAGCGGGCAAUACAAGAUUUCUAUCGAAUCGGACGAGUUGUGCACGAGUUUUCUUUACUGCAAACGUCACUGUGUCGACGAUCGUGUCCAUAGUCAUUCGAGUAAACAAUGCCGUCUCAAGGAACUAGUUCCUGAACCUCGACAUUGGUUGUUUCACUCGCGACCAGACGGUCAAUUACGGGCUGAACAAACCCCGGGGUACAUUGUGGAUUCAGCUGAAUGCACCUGUUGAUAUGUGCCGAUGGCGCAACGCUUCUGUUGUUGGUGCGAGACUCAUUCUUCAAAUGCAACGAGCUCGUAUCGUAGAUCCUGACAAGACAUUUCCGGUGAAAGCGUUCAUUCGUCUGGCGGUGGAUAAACCAUGGGAAUGGCAUUCCGGCACGAUGGUUAUGACGAAUUUUACUGGAUUUACCGACGCAUGCUGUUUUGUCAUGGUUGCAGUGGAUGGUGGGGGUACCACGAAAUUAUUUGUUCUCCCGAAAGACCGUGUUCGCGUACCGGUUUCCACGGCCAAACCCAUUGAAUCGCUUUUAGAGAAAAUGGAGUUGCGGUUGAAUUUGCGAAAACUUCGGAUGUGGAAUAACAUAAAAUCCUUGCAUUUGAUAAACCAUUCGAAGAAUUCACUAACGCAGAAAGACUUCUGCGAUCCCUGUACCCAGGAAAAGAAGUAUUGGGAACAUGUUAAAAAAGAAGAAAACGAUUUACCGGUGCUCUCUUCCCUUGUUGAUGUAGACAUCCAGUGUUUACCGGGUGAAAUUAUGAAGGAAGUGUUCACCUGCAUAGAGACCAGGAUACAGAGUAGGCUCCGUUCCGUGUGCAGCGGUUGGAAUUCCAUUCUCACGUGCCAUCCGGUUAGAAGAUCACUGAUUUUCACCGGGCCGCUGGCUGUUUACUAUCACCGCUACUCUACUGCUGCCCGUUUGCAUGCAUGUUGGAGUCCGCUGAUUGUGUUUUCUGGUUGGUGGGUUUCGCACUUUCCAAAAAGUGACAGUAUCUUACACGGACCAUUUCUUCGCCAAAUCAUGGAGAAAGGUGGCCAUUCGUCUGCCGAGGCUUUGAUACUGGGCAGAGUCGUAUGGAGUGUGUACCCGAGCCAGGCCAUGAUGACGUCGAGUUCAGAAGGGUUGAUGAUGAACUUUUGUGAAAGUUUGUGCCUAUUGACAGCUGUAUGCCAAACUCUGAUCAUCAGAGAUGGUCAUGUAACGAGCGUAUACUUUAAUAUCGAAACUUAUCGAGAUUUUAGACCGCCGUUCACGAACUUCCAUUUGGGACUGAAUAUUCGAGAUGGUCGCUUCCGAGGGCGGCACCUGACCAUCGAGGAUUGGUGGAAUCUGAUCGGAAAUAGCUGCCCCACAUUGAAUGCGCCGGAACUUCGGUCACUUACCGAUUGGAUCGAUGACUGGUUACAGUUGGAUGAAACGUCUACCGACCGUUGGCAAUGGAAUGCAAGUUACGAUCACAAAAAAAAUGGCGCUAUUCCUAUUAUAUUACAGGAAUUUCAAAGGAUGGACCCACGUUCUGGUAACCAGCAUCGCAAUGUGAAUGUGGAUAAGUGGAAAGCAGUUAGUCCGAAGCUGACGACACUCAACAAGCUCACGCUGCAUGCCUUGCGUACGCUACAACUGCAAUCGAGGUCACUCAAUGCGUUUUCUUUUGAUGUGAAUGUAGAAAUUAACUCGAUUUCUAAUUAAGUCAUGAGCGGCUCUAUCAAUUUUGCUCAUAAUUAUGUCAUGAACAUUCUGGAAGCAAAAAUGUACG